AUGACGUGUUUUCGUUGUUCUGGUCGUCGUCCUCCUCUUCCUGAUCCUUCUCUUUGGAUUCCCUUAAGUUCCAUGUCUAUUGUCACUCGGGAUCUAGACUCGGAUGUCAACUUCACUCCAACUGAUUUCAUCCCCUUCUUUGCAACUGUUCGAAUUAGCCCUAAUAAAAGGCCACCAACAGAGCAUAAGAAAAUGGUGUUUAGUCGAAUUGCCGAUAUAAUUUCUUCUGCAUCAAGUCGUUGGUCUAAUCCUCAGGGUUCCACUGUAUCUUCUCCUCCCAAAACGUGUGCCCAUGCUUUUGCCUUUGCUGACCCUGCACGCAACAAGAACCAUCUUCGACUCUCAUCAUCUCUCCAGGAUUUCUCCUCUUAUCAUCAGCUCGAUCCUGAAGAUCCCCAUCCCAGCAUUGCGGGCCAUUCCAAACACCCUCAUUCCUUAGAGAGAGAAACUGCUGCCUCCAGCUUCUCAAAGGAGAAAGGACUGCCAGGAGGAGGAAUCCUACCUGCCUGCAACAAGUUGGUUCGAGCCCUCAUGCUUCUGUGUUGUAUCUUGUUGUUCGGUUUUCUAAUUUAUUUGGUUUCCGUGUUCAUUUAUUCUUAUUGGUCUAAAGGAACUCCCAAAUUUUAUAUUGUGCUUGAUUGUGGAAGUACUGGAACUCGAGUUUAUGUAUAUCAAGCAUCCUUUGAUAAUGCGAACGAUGGCACUUUUCCUAUUGCCAUGAAGCCGUUAACGGAAGGUCUUCAAAGAAAACCUAAUUCACACAUUGGUCGAGCUUAUGAUCGAAUGGAAACUGAGCCUGGGCUUGACAAGUUGGUUCAUAACGUUUCGGGCUUGAAGGCUGCAAUAAAACCACUUAUUCGAUGGGCAGAGAAGCAAAUCCCAGAGAAGGCGCAUAAAACAACCUCGCUUUUCCUUUAUGCUACUGCAGGGGUUCGCAGACUGCCGAGUGUCGAUUCAAAGUGGCUUCUAGACAAUGCAUGGUCUAUACUCAAGAAUUCACCUUUCUUGUGCCAAAGAGACUGGGUUAAGAUUAUCAGUGGCCUGGAAGAAGCUUACUUUGGUUGGAUAGCCCUCAACCAUCAUACAGGCAUGCUGGGGGCCAGACCAAGAGAGCCAACAUUUGGUGCACUUGACUUGGGUGGUUCAUCGCUGCAGGUUACAUUUGAGAGUAAUGAACGUGUGCAUAACGAGACCAGUUUAAACCUUAGAAUUGGGGCUGUGAACCAUCAUCUCACUGCAUAUUCUCUCCCGAGCUAUGGUUUAAAUGAUGCAUUUGACAAGUCUGUGGUUCAUCUUUUGGAGAAGCUUCCAGAAAUCACCAAGGCAGAACUAGUAAACGGGAAGGGAGAACUUAGGCACCCCUGCUUGCAGUCCGGAUACAAGGAGAAAUAUGUUUGUUCCGAAUGUGUUUCUAAAUUCCAAGAAGGUGGAAGCCCUGUGAUUGCAAAAAAGAGUUUGGGCAAAGGAGGAAGAUCAGGGAUUUCUGUGAUGCUUAGUGGUGCUCCAAAUUGGGAUGAAUGCAGUAAACUUGCAAGAAUUGCUGUCAAUUGGUCGGAAUGGUCCAAUAGAAACUCAGGAAUUGAUUGCGACUUGCAACCUUGUGCUCUUCCCGAUGGUCUACCCCGUCCUUAUGGGAAAUUCUUUGCGAUUUCUGGAUUUUUUGUGGUUUAUCGGUUUUUCAAUUUGACUUCAGAGGCAUCGCUUGAUGAUGUAUUGGAAAAGGGUCGGGAGUUUUGCGAAAGAACUUGGGAAGUUGCAAAGAACAGUGUUGCUCCUCAGCCCUUCAUUGAACAGUACUGCUUUAGAGCACCAUAUAUUGUAUUCUUGUUGAGAGAGGGCUUGCACAUUACAGAUAAUCAUGUUAUAAUUGGGUCUGGAAGAAUUACAUGGACACUUGGGGUUGCUCUGUUGGAAGCUGGGAAGGCACUUUCAACCAGAUUGGGCCUUCGCAGUUAUGAAAUAUUCCAGAUCAAGAUCAACCCAAUAUUUUUUAUUGCAGUUCUGUUUGUUUCGUUGCUUUUUCUCCUUUGUGCAUUAUCAUGUGUUGGAAAUUGGAUGCCAAAAUUUUUCUGGAGGUCAUAUCUCCCGCUGUUUAGGACUAAUGGUGCAUCUUCUGCAUCCGUUCUGAGUAUUCCAACGCCUUUUCGAUUCCAGCGCUGGAGUCCUAUUAGUCCUGGGGAUGGAAGAGUAAAGAUGCCUCUAAGUCCAACAAUUGCUGGUGGUGCGCAACGGAGACCAUUUGGCUUGGGGGAUAGUCUCAACAGUGGCGGUGGCAUCCAAUUAAUGGAGUCUUCCUUAUACCCCUCCACUAGCAGUAUGUCCCAUAGUUAUUCCUCAAAUAAUCUGGGCCAGAUGCAAUUUGACAGCAGUAGCAUGGGUUCCUUUUGGUCUCCUCACAGAUCUCAGAUGCGUCUUCAAAGCAGGCGAUCACAAUCUCGAGAAGACCUCAAUUCUUCGCUGGCUGAGGCACACAUGGUGAAAGUUUAA